AUGCCGCAAUGUAGUCACGGUAUCCAGUGGGAUGAUAUAAAUCUUGGUCAGGUUAUGGGGAUUAUGAUUUACUACGAUUCUUCUGGCAUAUACUCUCUAACUUUUAUUUAUGUCGACGACAACGUUUUCCGAGUGUCUAGUCAUGGUAAUAAUGGCCGUGAAAACUGUCAAACGAUUAUAUUGGACUAUCCCACCGAGUUCCUUACUGGAGUUAAUGGGUAUCGCACCAUUUCAUAUGUUGUCAAGUGUAUUACAUUUGUGACUAACAAGGCCACAUAUGGACCCUUUGGUAAUCAAUCGCUUGGUCAGUAUGACCGUACGUUUGGUUGCAAUCAAGGAGGGAAAGAUAAUCGUUGGAUUACAGGAUUCUAUGGUACUCUUUAUGAUUCAUCCAUUGCAAGUCUUGGAGUUAUACUUCAAAUACCAACUGUUAUCCAACCUGAGUCUUCCCGACCUGACACUCUCAAAUUGGAAGGAAAGCAAGCAGAAAUAGUCAAUUAG